GUUUGAGAAGGGGAGGAUCUACAGCUACAUCGGGGAGGUGGUGGUGUCCGUCAAUCCUUACCGUGCCAUGAACAUCUACGGCCGCGACACCAUCGAGCAGUACAAGGGCCGCGAGCUGUACGAGAGGCCGCCGCACCUCUUUGCCAUCGCUGACGCUGCUUACAAAGCCAUGAAGAGGAGGAACAAAGACACCUGUAUCGUCAUCUCAGGGGAAAGCGGAGCAGGAAAAACCGAAGCCAGCAAGUACAUCAUGCAAUACAUUGCUGCUAUCACCAAUCCCAAUCAGAGGGCCGAGGUCGAAAGGGUGAAAAACAUGCUGCUUAAAUCCAACUGUGUCCUGGAGGCCUUCGGGAACGCCAAGACCAACCGCAACGACAACUCCAGCCGCUUCGGCAAAUACAUGGACAUCAACUUUGACUUUAAGGGAGAUCCCAUCGGAGGCCACAUCAACAACUACCUCCUGGAAAAGUCCAGGGUGAUUUUCCAACAGCCAGGAGAGAGGAGCUUUCAUUCCUACUACCAGCUGCUGAGAGGAGCUCCGGACUCUCUGCUGCGCUCUCUUCACAUCCAGAAGGACCCGACGGCUUACAACUACAUCAAAGUCGGAGGCCAAAUUAAGUCUUCCAUCAACGACGGAGCAGAAUUCAAAGCUGUAGCAGAUGCCAUGAAAGUGAUCGGCUUCACGGCGGACGAGAUUCAGACUGUUUACAAGAUCCUGGCCACCAUCCUGCAUCUGGGAAACCUGACGUUCGGGGUUGACGGUGACGUGACGCUGAUAGAGAACCCGAAGCUGGUGUCUGUGAUCAGAGAUCUGCUGUCCACCAAAGAGGAAAACGUGGAGAAGGCCAUGCUGUACCGAACUGUGGCCACGGGGCGAGACGUCAUCGAAAAACAGCACACGACGCAAGAGGCCAGCUACGGGCGGGACGCUCUAGCAAAGGCCAUGUACGAGCGUCUCUUCUGCUGGAUCGUGGGACGGAUCAACGACAUCAUCGAGGUGAAAAACUACGACGCCAGAAUCCACGGGAAGAACACGGUUAUCGGGGUGCUGGACAUCUACGGCUUUGAGAUUUUCCAGAACAACAGCUUUGAACAAUUCUGCAUCAACUACUGUAACGAGAAGCUGCAGCAGCUUUUCAUCCAGCUGGUGCUGAAGCAGGAACAGGAAGAGUAUCAACGAGAGGGAAUCCCCUGGAAACAUAUCGAUUACUUCAACAACCAGAUCAUUGUGGAUCUAGUGGAGCAGCAGCACAAGGGGAUCUUCUCCGUGCUGGACGAAGCCUGCAUGAAUGUGGGCAAAGUGACGGACGAAGUGUUCCUGCAGGGACUCAACGGCAAGCUGGCCAAACACGCCCACUACACCAGCCGCAAGGUAGGAAACACUGAAGAGUACACGUCUUGUUAUUUUGACUUCAAGUUCAAUUUAAGGUUUGCUUGAUGAAGGUCUGGUAGCGACACGUUGCCAAUAAAUGUUUGUUUGCAAGUGAGAGCCAUUUUCUGCUCGCAAAAAUCUUUGAACCCCAACGCAUGAUG